AUGUACCGCCAAAUACAAGUGCACCCUGACGAUCAAAAGUUUCAACUGAUUCUGUGGCGUGACGACCCUUCAAAGGAAAUCUCUACGUUUCAACUUACUACCGUCACCUACGGCAUGAACAGCUCCCCCUACCUUGCUAUUAAAACUUUAAUGCAGUUAGCGGAAGACGAAGGUGAUGCCUUCCCUCAGGCUUCUCACUCUCUACGUCAUCACACCUACGUGGACGACAUUAUCACGGGUGCUGACUCCGUUGAGGCUGCUCUUGAACUACAGGACCAACUUAUCCAACUUCUACAUCGUGGUGGCUUUGAACUUCGCAAGUGGGCCUCCAACUCCUCUGCUCUUCUAGAAAAAUUUCCUUCGGAACAUCUAGAGACUCCAAGUUUCCUGCAAGACGCUCAGCUUCCCCAGUACUCCAUCCUAGGUCUCCAUUGGUCUCCUGAAGAAGACUGUUUCUGUUACGCUUUCAACCCCCCGUCUGAAAAGCUGACUAAGCGCUCCGUGCUCAGCUUUAUUGCCAAACUAUAUGACCCCUGUGGAUUUUUGUCCCCAUUAAUCAUGGUAGCAAAAUGCUUCAUGCAAUUACUAUGGACUCAAGGUCUUGAUUGGGACGACCCUCUCCCUUCUGAUCUCGCACAUAAGUGGCAUGUGUUCACUAGCAACACUAAAGACCACCUCGGUCAAAUUAAGAUCCCCCGAGCAUUUCCGCUCGCUCACUCCUCUGAUAUCGAGCUUCACGGUUUCUGUGAUGCAUCGGAAUGCGGUUAUGCCGCGGUAGUGUAUUUCCGGUGUGAAUCUAGUGACAAAACAGUCAUUGUGAAACAAAUAUUGUCUAAGACUCGUGUUGCCCCGUUAAAAAAGACUUUUACCACCAGGUACACUUGCACUCAGGUCCGCAACUAA